AUGACGCAAACAGCACUUAUCACCGGAGCCAGCGGCCUCCUUGGACGACAAGUACAACGUCAAUUUCUCCUCGAUGGCUGGGAAUCCAUUGGAACUGGUCUAAGCCGUAUCAGCCCACCAGAAGUCAUCAAACUAGACAUACUAGACCCACAAGAAAUCGAGCGAGUUCUCGACGAAGUAAAGCCAAAUGUCGUUGUUCACUGUGCUGCGAAUCGCUUUCCCGAUUCUUGUACGGCUGACCCAGAAGCGGCUCGAAAAACUAACGUCGAGUCGAGCAGGGCGCUUGCCCAGGCUGCGAUUGCGCGUGGCAUCUUUCUCAUUUAUAUAUCGACUGACUAUGUGUUCUCGGGACGCCCGGGAGAGGCGCCGUAUAAGCCAUCGUCGAAGCCUUCUCCUCCAAAUGUAUAUGGUCAAACAAAGCUUGAGGGCGAGCAAGCUGUUCUUGAUGUGGCGACUCAGAGUGGUAUUAAGAAUAAAGUUGUUGUACUACGAGUCCCAGUUCUCUAUGGAUCGUGCCACGAGCCGAAAGAGAGUGCAGUCAAUGUGCUCAUGGGGCAGCUCUGGGCUGCCCAACAGAUUGGAGACGGACAGCCUAAGAUCCAAGUCGAUGACUAUGCACUACGAUUUCCUACAAACACGCAAGAUGUAGGCAGAGUAUGUCGCGACAUCGCAAAACUCUACCUAGACCCAGCAAACAGAGAUCGCGACUUGCCUGGUGUUCUUCAAUUCAGCUCUGAGGACCAAAUGACGAAAUGGAAAAUAUGCCAGACGUUUGCCGAUAUCAUGGGACUACCGCUUGACAACAUGCUGCCCUUCAAGCCGGAUGAAGAGCCGAAGGAUGGGACGGUCAGGCCAUUCGAUUGCCAUCUUGACACCAGCGCGCUGCAGGAGCUGGGCAUCGACGUAGCAACAGUAGACUUCCGCACUUGGUGGCGGCGAGAGGUCGGCGCCUUUCGUUAA